AGAGCUGCAUGUUCAGGCAAGGUGGGUGUGUGUGACGUUGUGUGUUAGGGGGAGUAUCAUGAGCUCCCAGCUCAGUCAUUCACUCAGACUCAGACACACACAGGAGGAGGUACGCUCACCGGUGCUCAAACACACACACACACAGAGGGAGAGGAGACAACAGCAAGAGAUCAGAGGUGACAAUAAAAGGAGCACAAAAACAAAAAAAAGUGAAAGAAAAUCAAGAGAGAAGAUGACAAUUGGCAAGAACUCCAGAAAGAGCUCAGUGCGGAGCUCCAUCCGGGCCCCGAAGUUUCUGGACAAAUCCAGUGGCUUCUACGGUCGCCUUGAUGAGCCUGAGGUAGCUGGAGAAGGGGAGGAGGUGAGGGGAAUAGAAGUAGAGAGGUGGAGUGGGACGGAGGACAGCAAAAGAGAUGGGGGAGUCGUGAACAGCACAAGUGUGGUGCAAAAUUCUGAUGCAGAUGAGAAGGAAGAAGCUGCGGACUUCAAUGAAGGGUUGAUGGAAGACGACGGGGAGACUCUCCUCCAGAGGAAACCCAGCCGGCGCAGCAGCAGGUGGAGAAGAAGCUCCAGGAGGAAGCAGAAGGAGGGGAAACCCGAGGAGGACGCAGCCCGAGAUGAGGGGCCCAGCCUGUGCACAGAGAGUCCAGCUGACGCCCUGGAGGACGCCAGGGUGACAAUUGAGAUAGAGUUGGAGAAGGUGAAGAAGAUGGAGGAGGCCGGGAGAGGGAUGGAGCCGACACUUGUUCACUUCACGGUUCGGGAGGAUGAGGACGACCAGGUCUUGAUCAGAGACAAGAAGAGGGGGAGAGAGGAGGAGGGAGAGGAGGAGAGAAGGAUGAAGAGAGAGCAGGAGGAGGGGAUGAAGGUGGUGAAGAGGAACUCGGUGAAGACUUACCGAAAGGCCUUGGACCGAGCCUUACGCCGCGGCUGGGAGGCCUUCAUCACCAACCUCUACAGCGUCACGCUCACACCUGUGACAUCAUCUUCAUUGCCUUCAUCAAAGAAGAAAACGCAACACGGCUCUGUGUUAGCUGUGUUUCAGUAGAACUGGAGAUCAACAUGGACUAUAAAAUCUAAUAAUUAGUUUUUUUUUAUAUCAUGAUUACGUACCGUGUUGUGAUGGACAACCGCCUGUAUGACAAACCAUCAGUGGGGACCUUGUAUAGACACAUGAUGAGUCAGUUAAUUAUUAUGUAGGUUACUGAGUCUUAAUUACUCAUCAUUAAGUUUACUGCCUUUACUGUUCAUCAUAGUGCACAUUAGUCUGCACAAACACUGCAAGUAAUUAGUCUUACUUUAUGUUUUAGGGGAGGCAAGCUGUUUAUUUUACAUUGAAGUCUGUGGGACUGGUUUGUAUGGAAAAGCGCGGUCUCUAUGUGACUGAGUUCAGCUGCUCCUGGUUCCCCUCUACUAUGUUGCAGAUUACGUCUUUAGCUCCUUACAUUCGGGUCCACUAUUAAGAGCUUCAAGCACAAAUAAUCUUUCCUUCCUUCGGAUUAGCACUAUGAAACUACUAAGGUGUUGAUGUGCAGCCAAAAGGAGAGGAAAUUUUCCACAGUGCGGCGAUGACUGAUUAGUGGACUUCAGUUGUGGAGAUGUUCACAUUUCUGUAUGUUAAUCAGUGCCAUUUAUUGCUGUGUGGCGGCUAAUCAGUAAUAAGAGGAGGACAAACACACACAGCUAAUCAGUAUGUAGGCAUUGUGAUUGUUAACAUGUGUAGAAAUUGCAGUUUUUACCACUAAUAUCCGACUCAAACUGGGUUUUGAAUCUGCGUGUGCACAGAAAUACAGAAGCACAUAUUGUCAGUGUUAGAGUUCCUCACUGUGUGUUCUGGUGAUGGUUAUUUAACCUGAAGGAACAGGGAAGAGCAGUGUGUGCAUAUAUGAGAGAGAAAGAGAAAGUAUUCAUUUUUAUAGCCGAGUUAUAAAUCAGCACUAAACACAGUAACAGGAUUGACUUUUGAUUACUGCCACGUUGUUAUACAGGUUUUUAAGUUACUUAAAACAUCACUCAUUGGCAGCAUAAAGGUCAAAUUAGUGUUUAGGAACUUUAGUGUGAACUUGCAACUGGGAACAAGAAAACAUAGUGUAAGUGAUCUAGAAGAGUUUUUAAUGUAUUAAUGAUUGACCCUUGUUGAAAUGGAGUGUUUACAAGAGGCCUGCUGUAAUUCCCUGUUAUCCACCAUGUAUUUGGUUUUUAUAUUACCUCAAGUGUACUCUUGCAGACUUGACUGAAUAUGUGGGAAAACUUGUACAUAACGAUUGUCUAAGAAAGAUGUAUUAAUUUUUAUAUAAGAUUCUUUUGUAUCCUAAUCAAAGCUUCUGAAGUCACGAACCAUAACGAGAAGCACUUUUAAAUAAAGACUUAAUUUAUUGAA